CAAUGUUGCAAGAAAUAGAAAUCACUGCGAUUCUUCCCAAUCACCAAUUGAGCUGCUGGUGUAUGAAAGUGAUUUGUCAACCCUUUGCGUGACGCUAUUGUUCGUUGGUGUCGGCCUCGGCUCCUGGCGCAAAAAUCAAUAGAGGCUGAAGAGCUAUUAAUCUGGAUCCGCAGCAGAGGCAGAACAAGUUUUAGAUUGAUGUGAGGUAGUAGUGGUUUGGUCCUCGACAACAAGAAAAGAUGGCGGACGCACGUUCUAUAUACAAGCUGCCGGUUACCUUCGCAAAGAGACCGGGCACACCACUCCCCAAGCCAGGAGAGUACUGAUUUCUUUGCUUGGCUCUGUGUUUUGGGAUUAGUGUUGUUGUGAAUCGUCAAAUCUAUGCUCAUGACUUGCAUCUGCAACUUCAUCUAUUACUUUUUGUUUACGACAAACACAAAAAACAUUAUCUUCAUGAUUAUGCUUCCGCUUCGUGAAAAAUUAUCGUCCUCCAAAGUAUCGACGACAAUAAGAAAGCUUCACCGCUCAUCAGGGAGCCGCGAGAGGUGCUGUUGGCACUCAGAGAACAGGCUACUGCAGAGGGGGUUUCAUGGUCAUUGGACGACAAUGUUAGCGACAUACGCAUGAGCAUACAGCACUACCGUGACAUAAAGGCUGGCACCCAUAAGAGACUGCCGAAGUUUUUUGACGCUCUCACAAGCGGAGCAACCGAGACGGAGCGGCCAAAAACACCACCGAUAGAGCUAGCUGAUGAAGAGAAAGGUAUCGAUUCCUAUUGCAUACUUGUUUUCUGUUGUAGUUCAUUGAAGCAAGAUAGAUGUGCUUGUUGUAUUUCAAUUUCAUGAGCUUCAGCCGAUUUGAGAAUCAUAUAGCAUUUUGCUGCGCUUCUAAAAAUUUACUCGUGUUGUGACAGCUGAACGACCUAUAUGACCAAGGCUCUCAGUCACCUCUCGUCCUUGAUCGGAAGUAGAUCACCAUCUACGAAAAACAGCAAAAGCGCUGAAAAAGAAGAUGGCAGACCCAGCAGCGAGAUUGAAGUCGUCGGCGAUAAAUAUGGGCUUGCCUUUUAGCAUGUACCAUUUCUGCUCACGUCUUUCUAAAGGUUUUUGUUUUUCCUAGAGCGUGAUUCAAGGAGGCCUAUCGAAUUUUACCAACAUUAUCAACUUCUACAGGACCGGCGUAACCACAACCAAGACCCAGGAUAACAAGACAGAAGCUAGCCGUCGAAACGUGCGACUGAUGGAAAAGCUCGCGAUGAUAGACGAGAGCGCGCAGAGGCUUCAGGCAAUGUUGCGCGAGGAAACCGCCAGUGUUCCUGGUCAGCAGAUACCCGAUACAGCCCACAAAGAGGCGCGCGAGAGGCAGAAGGCAGUCUGGCAGGCGAAUAUAGUAGAUAUCGCGACGCGGGAUUUCCAGCCAAAACGGCCACGGUCUCGAUCUGCUCUCAGCGGGUUCUCCAAUCGCAGUGGGGUACGAGCGAGAGCCGGUCUGACGGGUCCCAAUGGGGGACCUUCGCUGACUUCUCUCAAAGUCUAG